AUGUCUUCCUCAUCAAGUGAUGAAGCGGAUGAAGUUUUUGAUGAAUUGGUCGAUGAAGUAGUUGAUAAUUUCAUCAAUACAAUAAUUGAUGGUCAAACCAACAAACCAAAGAGGCGAGCUUAUAUUGAAAGAGAUCGAGAACUAGGACACAUUCGACUAUGCAACGACUAUUUCAGUAAUAAUCCAACGUACACACAAGAUAUGUUUAGGCGGCGGUUUCGAAUGAACAAGCCAUUGUUCCUUCGCAUUGUCGACCGUCUAAGUACUGAAGUUCCGUACUUUCAGCAAAGAAGAGAUGCUACCGGAAGGAACGGGCUAUCUCCACUUCAAAAGUGUACGGCAGCGAUACGUAUGCUCGCAUAUGGUCAGUCAGGAGAUACGUAUGACGAAUAUCUCCGGAUGGCUGACACCGAGGAUCUUCAGCGAUUACUCGAUAUUGGAGAGGUACGGGGAUUUCCGGGGAUAAUAGGCUCCAUCGACUGUAUGCACUGGGAGUGGAAAAACUGCCCAACAACUUGGAAAGGUCAGUUCACACGUGGUUCGGGAAAGCCGACAAUUGUGUUAGAAGCCGUGGCAUCACAAGAUCUUUGGAUUUGGCACGCUUUUUUCGGCUUACCAGGUACCCUAAACGAUAUCAAUGUUCUUGAUCGGUCUCCAAUUUUUGAUGACAUCUUACAUGGUCGAGCCCCUAAAGUGAAGUUCAAGGUCAACAACCACACUUAUCGUAUGGCCUACUAUCUUACCGACGGCAUUUAUCCUCCAUGGGCAAUAUUUAUCCAAUCCAUCCCACUUCCUCAAGGUCGUAAAGCACAGAAAUUUGCAGAAAUGCAAGAAUCCGCCAGAAAAGAUGUCGAACGGGCUUUUGGAGUAUUGCAAUCGAGGUUUGCAAUUGUUAGGAACCCAGCUCUACAAUGGGACAAGGAAAGGAUAGGAAAAAUAAUGAUAGCUUGUGUCAUAUUGCACAAUAUGAUAGUAGAGGAUGAACGAGACAGAUACGCUCUAAUUGAUACAUCUGAGUUUGAGACAGGACAGUCUAGCAGAAGUUCGCAGGCGAGAAGCAGAGAUAGUGUUAAUGUCACCCCUGAUAUGUUAGCCAUGCGGAGAGAAGUUUGA